AUGUUAUGUGAUCGAAUGAUAACAGAAAUGGCUCGCUCGUUCCGAUGUUGUUUUAUUUGCACUCAAGAAAUGAGUUUACGGAGGAAAAGUGUAAAGCACAAAAAAGUCAAAGAACCGAAGCCAACAAUAUCGCAUGUUUCCAGUACAAAUGCAAUAAAGAAUGUGAAAGUUACACUAAAAGAAAUUGAAACUCAAAAGAAUGAAGAUUAUCUGCAAAUAGUGGGAAAUGAGCAUCAAAGGAAAGAACAAAAUAUUUUGGAUCAUUUUCAGAAUGACAAAAACCGCCGACAUAAAUUGAUGCAUCUCGAUCUAUUAUUUCGUGAAAAGAAUUAUUUCCGUAAAUUAGAUUUUCCUCGAAUUGAACAAUGUGCAGCUUGGUUGAAUUCAGAAAGAUACCACUGGGGCGGUUGGCAUAUUCGAAUUCCAACAUCACAACCUCGCUUUGGUAUUGUUUUGGCUAUCGGUCACUGCUGGUGGAGGAAAACGUCAUUCAAAUGCGCUCAUGAACUAGCCAUUCUUGUUGUUCGCACAUCGUUCAGCAUUAUUUAUGAAAAACAUUAUCACAAUCAUGCUAUUUUCCGGAAACCUUUGGUCAGCUUCAAAGAUUAUAAUUAUGAGAACGACCAGCAUGUCGAAUUCUUGCGAACGCAUUUACCGCCGGUGGAAACGUUGCUUUCACGUUGA